UUAAUUUUCUCUCUUGCCCCAAAAGAAGAGCUGUGCUGCCAGGGAUGGCUUUUCUGUGCUGCUCCCUCCCUCCCACUGUCUCUUGCCUCUUGUGGUACGGACCUCCCUGUUAUUUCAUCUCCGGCUCUCCUGAUUCCGCCUGUGGUUCCUGAUUUCGUGAUCCCACUCUCUGUUCUUUCUCUCCGUCUUUCGACUGUUUGGUUCUGUUAAUCUGCUUGUGUUAGUGGAGUGUUUGUCCGCACUGUUCGGUCUUUGAUUGGGUUGGAUUCUUUUUCGGUUUCCUCGGCAUCUUUAUUGAUUUGCUAAAGGGGUUACUGAUUUAACCCUUUUGAAGCUUGAGCAUCAAGUGAAAGAAGCUUGAUUGUGUGUUCCUGAUGUGAGAUAGGAUGGUAAUGAUUCUUUUGACCAUUGAAAGAGAUCAGAUAAAGCGGAGAAAAAGAAACGGGAGAGGGUUUUGUACAAUAAAGCAGUUUUUGUUGCUUGUAAAUUGCCCAUGAGAACUCGCCUCGCCGGUUUUAUUCCUCUUUUCCUACUUUUCCUUUUCCACACAGCUCAUGUGCGUACUCGAUGUAAUGCCCCUUGACCGGUGCCUGUCAUUGUAGAGAUUUUGGGUGGGUUUCGUGUGCCACUUUGCAUUUUCCGACUAGGUCUUUCUCCCGAAGGGUUUCCAAAAUGCCGAUGUACCAGCCUUCUAAACGUGAUGUGGUUGCUGGCUUCGACGGUGGGGGCGACGGUCAGAUUCUAGAUCUGGAUACUGCCGUCAAGGAUGGGGUUUUGGGUGGCGUUGACGGUGGGAUUGUCGGAGCUGGGGCCGCUGAGAAAUUGGAUCUGGGGAAGAUGAUUCAAGAGCUCGACUUGUCCGAAGUUCCUUCGGUGUUUAUCUGCCCAAUCUCCCUUGAGCCAAUGCAAGAUCCAGUCACGCUCUGCACCGGCCAAACCUACGAGAGGUCCAACAUUCUCAAAUGGUUCAAUUUGGGGCACCUAACCUGCCCUACCACGAUGCAAGAGCUCUGGGACGAUUCCAUUACUCCAAAUACAACUCUUUACCGUCUGAUAUACACUUGGUUUUCUCAGAAGUAUCUGCUGAUGAAGAAGAGAUCGGAAGAUGUGCAGGGGAGGGCGUCAGAACUCGUGGAGACGCUGAAGAAAGUGAAGGGUCAAGCUCGAGUUCAAGCCCUCAAGGAGCUCCAUGAUGUAGUGGCUGCUCACUCCACUGCCCGCAAGACAGUCGUUGAUGAAGGUGGAGUCUCAGUAAUGUCUUCCUUACUUGGUCCUUUUACUUCCCAUGCUGUUGGCUGCGAGGUCAUAGGUAUACUUGUAUGCCUGACCCUUGAUUCUGAAUCAAAAAAGAAUUUAAUGCAACCUGCUAAGCUUUCUUUAAUGGUGGACAUUUUGAACGAGGGUUCAACUGAGACCAAAAUCAAUUGUACCCGACUGAUUGAAUCAUUGAUUGAGGAGAAGGAUUUUCGUUCUGAGAUUAUUUCAAGCCAUAGCCUCUUGGUUGGGCUGAUGCGGCUUGUGAAGGAUAAGAGACACUCAAACGGAAUAUUUCCUGGGCUUAACCUCCUUAGAAAGUUAUGCUUGCAUAAAGAAGUUAGGAAUUUGCUAGUGAGUAUUGGUGCUGUUCCUCAGUUAGUUGAAUUGUUAUCCGGUCUGGAGCCAGAGUGUUCUGAGUUGGCGCUUUCCAUUUUAGAUGCAUUGGCGUCGAUACCUGAAGGCAGAGUAGCGUUGAAGAACUGUUCUAACACCAUACCCAAUAUGGUGAAUUACCUGAUGAGAAUCUCAGAGAACUGCACCCAAUAUGCAUUGUCGAUCCUAUGGUCUGUAUGCAAGCUUGCACCUGAGGAGUGCUCUUCCGUUGCUCUGGAUGCGGGACUUGCUGCAAAGCUGCUACUCGUCAUCCAAAGUGGGUGCAAUCCUAUAUUGAAACAACAAUCUGCUGAGCUUUUGAAGCUGUGUAGUUUGAAUUAUUCAGAUACUAUCUUCAUUUCCAAAUGCAAGCUUACUAGAACCAUCCAAUGAGUUCGCGGGCUUUAAUCUGGUUGCAUCAACAAUUCAUGGGUUUGCAAGGCAGGAGAAGCUAAAUGAUCUGCCACGUCUCAGAUCGCAUGACUCAGGUUAACCCCGAUACAUGAUGAUGGCGUGGAGUUCUGUUCCAACAAUUAAUUCAAAUGAAGAAGAAUCAUAAUUUGGACAUUCUCGAAUAUAGCCAGAGUGGGUUCAAUUCACUCCUGCGAGUUGCUUGUCCUUUUUUUCCUCUUUUCAAAUAAGCCCGUCAAGAAGAUACCAAGACUGUACACUGUUUUGGGGCAUGGGGAUGUGAGAAUUGAGAGCUAUUGUUGGGAUAAAGGUAUUUCUUUGGAGUGAGCUCGCGGCAAAGAUGGAUCUGGCAAUGUCAAUUGUAAUUGUUGAGAAGUUGCUUUGCUCCAUGGCUUCCAUGUGCCAUCGAUUUUGGAACUGAACAGCCUCCAAGAUUACAUUAAAAUAGUGAGAAUUUUGCUUUUGACGUAAAAGAAUGUAGAGACUUUUUCAUUUAAUGUGUACAAUGCACAAACCAUUUCUGUUCUCAGCCGUUCACAUAGCCUUGCGUUGUUAAUGCAACUUGGUCGAAUGACGACAUUCAUAUUGAUUAA